AUGUCUGAUGAAAAAUUCAAGGGGGCGACUGCACAAGAGCAAAUGAUAGAAGCUGCAAGAAGAAAUAAUUUGGAUCUUUUUAAGUCCAUAGAAAAUCAAUAUGGAGAGAAGCCGGAGGAGUUCAUAAAAUUAUUAAAUACCGCUACCGAUGCAACUGGAGAUUCAGCUCUUCAUUUAUGUUGCAAAUAUGGCUGUUACUCUGUUAUGGACGAAAUCAUAGAUUUAGAUGGUGUCAACCUUGAUAUUAAAGCCCCUGUUACCGGUGAUACACCUUUGCAUUAUGCCGCUAAUUACAGUUUCUCCGAGCCAGAAUAUGCACUAUUCUUAAUUCAACAACUGAUUGAGGUUGGUGCAGACCCGUCCAUAAGAAACAAAGAGGGACUUAAACCGCUGGACAUAAUUGGUGGUUCCAAUGACAAAAUUCGGAAGGUGCUAGAAAGUGCGGAGUAUGCAAAAGCUGCUGAGCACAUCGGUGAAAUUGUGCAGGAUGUUGAUGAUGAAGAUAACGAUGAUGAUUCGGUUGAGAAUAAUAAUUACAAAUAG